AUGUCUGCCCCGGCCGCAGCACCAGCUUUCGCAGCUGGAGGCUCCAGUAAUGCCACUUUCCGUGACAAGGAGAAGCCCAUGGCGGUCCGCUCGUCCAACAUUGUUGCCGCUCGAGCGGUCGCCGAUGCGAUCCGAACCUCUCUCGGACCUCGAGGAAUGGACAAGAUGAUCCGAAGCGGAAAGGGGGAGACGAUUAUCACAAACGACGGAAACACUAUGCUGAAGAGCAUGUCUGUGAUGCACCCCACGGCCAAGAUGCUGGUCAACCUUUCUGGCGCUCAGGAUGUGGAAGCUGGUGACGGAACCACCUCUGUCGUUGUCAUCUGUGGAAGCUUGCUUGGUGCCGCCGACCGCCUGCUUUCUAAGGGCAUCCACCCCUCAGUCAUCUCCGAGUCUUUCCAGCGAGCCGCCGCCGCCGCCGUCGAUGUCCUUCACGACAUGUCCCAGCCUAUUUCUCUAACCGAUACCGCGUCGCUUCUCCAGGCUGCCAACACCUCGCUGUCGUCCAAGAUCGUUUCCCAGUACUCGAACCUUCUCGGACCCAUGGCGGUCAACUCUGUUACCAAGACCAUCGACAUUAAGACCGCUGACAACGUCGACCUCAGGAACAUCCGAAUCGUGAAGCGAGUUGGAGGAACGAUCGAGGAUAGCGAGCUUGUUGAUGGUCUGGUUCUCACCCAGCCUGUGUUGAAGAAUGCUGGCGGCCCUGUCCGCAUGGAGAAGGCGAAGAUCGGUUUGAUUCAGUUCCAGCUGAGCCCCCCCAAGCCCGAUAUGGAAAACACCAUUCAGGUCAACGACUACCGACAAAUGGACAAGAUUGUCAAGGAGGAGCGAUUAUACCUCCUGAACAUGGCCAAGAAGAUCAAGAAGGCAAAGUGCAACGUUCUUUUCAUCCAGAAGUCUAUUCUCCGCGACGCUGUCAACGACCUAUCACUACACUUUUUGUCCAAGCUUGGCAUUCUCACCGUCAAGGAGAUCGAGCGUGACGAGGUGGAGUUCAUUUGCAAGUCCACUGGCUGCAAGCCCAUCGCCGACAUUGACUCUUUCACUGAGGAUAAGCUGGGAUCUGCUGAUUUGGUGGAGGAGGUGCAUUCCUCUGGAUCGCGCAUGGUCAAGGUCACCGGCACCAAGUCGGUAGGCAAGACCAUCUCCGUGGUCGUCCGUGGUGCCAACUCCCUGAUCUUGGAGGAGGCUGAGCGAAGCUUGCACGACGCACUCUGCGUGGUGCGCUGCCUGGUCAAGAAAAAGGCGCUCAUUGCUGGUGGAGGCGCCCCUGAGAUUGAGAUCGCUGCCCAGCUCUCCAAGCAAGCGCGCAGCUUGACCGGCACCGAGGCCAUCUGCUGGAAGGCAUUUGCCGAUGCUAUGGAGGUUAUUCCUACGACCCUGGCUGAGAAUGCCGGCCUGAACAGCAUCAAGGUGGUAACAGACCUGCGACACAGGCACGAGAUGGGCGAGAAGAAUGCGGGAGUCAGCAUCAAGUCAGGAGGUGUCAACACCAACAUCUCCAAGGAGAACGUGCUGCAGCCCCUUCUCGUGAGCACGAGCGCUAUCGAGCUGGCGGCGGAGACUGUGAAGAUGAUUCUGCGUAUAGACGAUAUUGCAUUGACCAGAUAG